AUGACGGGCCGCGGCGUGCCGGCGCCGCUCGUCGCCGCCAACACGCAGUGGAAGAUGCCGUGCAACGUGCUUCUGGGCGAAGAUGGGCACAUUGUCCUCGCCGACAUGGGUCUGGCGACAGGCCUCGAGGAAAUCCGGGACAAGAAGCACCGCGACGACGCGGACCGCGAGGCCGCCAAAGCCACGGGCGGUGCGGGCUUGAGCCGCGUCGAGUCGCACGUGACGCUGCCAGACGACGACCAUAAUCCGCACGGCGUUGUGCAGCUUUCGGGGCAGACGCAAACCGUACCCAAGUCGUUUGCGCGGCCGCCGGACGCCAAGAACACGCGCCGAAAGACUACGGUCGGGACGAAGGGCUACAUGGCGCCCGAGCUCAUCUCUGGGAAGCUCCUUCGGCGGGAGGAGCGGCCAGGGUACAAUUUCACCAUCGACUAUUGGUCGCUCGGCGUGACCAUCUACGAGCUCAUUUGCGGCUACCAGCCGUUCAACCUCUACAAUGUACUGGGCGACGGGUUCCUUGCUGAAAUUGCCCAAGAAGUCGAAGUCGCCAAGCUCAGCCCACGCUCGCAGUACCGCGCCGAGCUCGAGCGCAUGGCGGCCGGCGUCGACUACCCUGACCAGGUCUCGGCCAAUGCGCGGGACUUUAUCAACCGGCUCCUUGAAGUCAACGCGGUGAAUCGCAUGGGGUGCACCUCCCGCGGGUUCCUCGAUAUCAUGGAGCAUCCGUUCUUCCACGGCCUGGACUGGGAGCGCCUCAUGGUCAAGCACGUGCAACCCGAGUUUACGCCCAACGUCAAGCCGCUCACGGACCGUAAGACGUACUCGAACUUUUGGAACAUGAUGGCGCACUUUGACGCGCGCGACAAGCAUUUCAUUCGACACGACUGGUACCAAGACCCGCCCCCCGAGAAGCAAAAGGCGUUCGAGAAGUGGGACUUUAUCUCGCCGCAUACGCUCAAGGCCGAGCUCGGUAUCGCGGCCGAAAUGGACGAAAGCAACCGGCCGUACAAGAUCCUCCAGCUUACGGGCGAGACGUCCGGGUGA